CUUUUCUCCAUCUUCUUCUUCUUCUUCUCGUCCUCCUUUUCUCCGGUCACGAAGUUGGGAAGAGAUGUGCAUGGGGAAGGGUGAUGGUAAAUCAUGAAGUGCAUGAUAAGUAUGUUGUCGAAAUGAAGCCGCUGAGGGCAGCAACUACUUGCAAAGGUCAAGCAAAGGGACGUGGGUUGACAUUGGCACAUAGGCAGGGACCCUGUUCGCCGCUUGCUGCGAACCGUCAAUCUCGCGAUUCCAAGCUCAUUUUUCUCCGAGACCAAUCACGGGUCAAUUCCAUGAACAUCCCAGGACAAUCUCGCGCAUUGCCCAAUGGGGAUUACGGUGAGCAUGCCCAAAUGCCGAUCCACCGUGGCUCUCCCGGAACGAGCGAGUUUGUGGUCACAGUUGGCGUCGGGACCCCGAAAAUCGACCUGCCCCUAAUCUUUGACACGGGCAGUGACGUUACAUGGACCAAAUGCAAACCUUGUCCUAGUUGCUCUGGUCAGCAAGGCCCAUUGUUUGAGCCAUCCGACUCUACCACAUUCUCAAGGCCAGCAUGCACAUCAUCAGAAUGCACCUACUCGAUUGACUAUGCAGAUGGAUCACAUUCCAAUGGCUACUACGUCCAAGAUCUGCUCACCCUCACUCCAGAGUACCAGUUCAAGGACUUCAUCUUCGGUUGCAGCCAAAGUUAUAGCGACGAUUUCGGCACCACGGCCGGUGUAUUAGGCCUAGGGCAAGGAGACACGACCUUAAUCUCCCGCAUAGAAUCAGAAUUUUCCAAUAUCUUCUGCUACUGCAUCCCUGGCAGCGAGAGCUCAUCCGGGUACUUACUUUUUGGGCUUGAAGCCCUUAGUAAUUGCCAAACAGACAAUAUCACACCUCUCAUAAUCGACGAUCGUAACCCAUCUUAUUAUUUUGUCAACCUCCUUGGUAUUACCCUUGGCAAUCAGAAAUUUAGCCUCUCUUCAGAGUCUUCACCUCCUAGGACCAUCAUAGACUCGGGGACUACCUUCACUCGGUUGCCGCCCUCGAUUUAUAAGGCUGUUCACGCAGAAUUCGUCAAGUACAUGUCGGCCUACCCCGUUGCAGAUCGUCUGUCGACACUGGACACGUGCUAUGAUCUUCGGGGUCAGGAGAAUGUGAAGUUGCCGAAGAUGAUCCUACAAUUUGAGAAUACUGAUGUUACGUUGGACCCGUCUGCCGUAGUUUGGCGAGAGAACGAUGAUGCGCAAGUUUGCUUGGCCUUCGUGCCAAACCCGCCGAACUCGGAAAGGCAAGACUUGGUCAUUAUUGGCAACGUGCAGCAGCGGAACCUGAACAUACUUUUCAACGUUCAAGAUAAAGAGUUUCAUUUUGGGAGAGGUGCUUGUGGCAAUUGAGAGGCUACAAUUGAUGAAGAAAACUUUAUAAGUGACAUGAAUAUCCAAACGAGUGCCCGUUUUUAUUUGGAGUAUUGUUCUGCUACACGUGGCACAUACUUACAAGAUAUGUGUUGUUAAAUUUCCUUUUACAUCAAUCUGUGUAUUUUCAUAA